AUGCAUUCCUCUCACACUGCCAACGAUCCUGAGGGUUCGCUAAAGCUGGAGGGCUUGGCUGCGGUUUCAGCUUCGCUCGACUUGGUGCAGGUCAGUCACUGCACGCUGACAUCCGCCUUUGGAGUCGCCGGCCGCUUCCACUGCCCUCAUUUCCGUCAUUGACACACCCACACUUCUUCAUUUACGACUCCAAAUCCUUUCCUCGCCCAGGCUCAAGUCUAUUACACUCAAGACAACCUCAACGGAUUCAAGAUCAGAGCAAUCGUGCUCCUCGCGCUGAACGGCGGGUGAGUGCAGUUCGGAGCCGAACCGAACUCGCUCCUGACGGAGAACGCUGUGUCUCGCCUUCGGGUGAUCUUGUCAUCCGCCGACCCCUGAUGUCUCGAGUUCAGGGUGAUCAUCUUGUCCGUGGCAUAUUUGGCUGUACUUGAAGUACAGAGGAGGCGUGUGACUCCUUCUCCGCCACAAUGGUUGUAUCAGUUCGUGAGUGGCAAGCGCUUUGAUUGGUCACGCCGUACUAGUCCACGGCCUGAUCAAUUUUUUUCCCUUCUAGGUCGGGCAACCCCCCGGCGACCUUCUAGUCAUGAACGCUCGGAUCAUCAGUGCCACACUAGGCAUCAUAUCCUCGACCUGCUGGAUCUUCAUCAUCCUCGACGCCUUGAAUCAAUACAUCGAGCACCGUAACCCCACCAUCGGCGGCCACUUUGUCCGCGCAUUCGUCAUGUGCCCGAUGUUUGUUCACGGCUGGGUUGCUUCGUGGUUUAUUUACACGACGUACAUCCUCACCAACAAAUCCAAGUCGAAUCACACCUCACCCCUUUCGAAGAUUUCAUCCGCUACCGUCAACCUCUUCUUCGCCGGUCUGGGCUUGUCGGCCUUUUUAGGAUGCAUCGUAAGUCCACCUGCCCGUACCCACGCCCGCCGAGCCGAAAAGGGGCUGACGGUCCAAACCGUUCACGCUUCCUUUUAUGACUCCAGGCGAUCGGGGUCUGGCAAAUCGAAUGCGUUUCAGACUUUUGGUCCCGUUUUCGUUCCCUCACCAACCUCCUCUCCCAACUCGCGACCGCAUACCCAAACGGGAUUUCUCCCACCGACUCGACGCGCGCCGUCAGCGCCAGCGCGGCGUUCAGUUCGGCAUCGGACAAGUUGAUUCACAUGAUCAAGUGGUACUUCAUCCUCCUCUGCAUCCCUGCUUCCUUGAUAUACGUCUUCAGCCUGACGGGAUUGGGCUUGGCACGUCAUCUGGGGGCCCAUAUCGAGCUCAGCAAGAAAGGUUUGAUGCGAAGUCUCGAACAAGAACCCACCGGAGAAGAACCGACCGCGGCCGAACCUGCCGAAACGGGUUCAGCCUACCACGACCCGAUCCGUGUCUUCUCCCCAACCAACACCACAUUCAAAAGUGCCUCUUCCCCACCACCGCACAGCACCUUCAUCUUACCCAAGAACCUGUCUCUCGACGCCCAAGGCCUCCGAUUCGUCGCCCAAUCUUCGAGCCUACAUCGAAAACGCGCCGAAACGCUCGUGCUCGUCUCGAAAGCGCGUUCGGAACUCAUCGUGCUCUCCUCCUUCAUCAGCGCCAACGCCGUCGCCCUGGUCGGAAUGUUGAUCUAUUCGGCGUACGCGGUCGCAAAAGAUCAAACCAUCCAUGGGUCAUGGAUCGCCACCGAAGUCACCACGGUCGGAGCAGCUUGGAUCUCCGGCAUCAGUUCGUGUUGCGCUACGCUGGGUUUGAUUCGGAAUUUGUGGCAUUAUCGAACUUUGUCGGGUGGGACGCCAGCUGCAGGGUUGACGUCUUCUUUGGGUGGGGGUGAAGAGAUGGGCGCCACUUCUCAAAUCGACACGUUGCCUCGUGGGACGAGAUUGGACCCGACGAUGGUGCAUCGUCAUUCGGGCAUCGAGCAUCCUUUCCAGACCUUCGAAAAGGAGCGGGAAGAGCCGAUCGAACAUUAUCGGGGUGCCAUCCCAGCCUCCAGGAGCGAAGCGAGGGGCGGUUCAGACUGUUCGGAAUGGUUGGCUCUCAACAACGUGAGGGUCCGGGAUGGAACGGGCGAGAGCGGCAGGGAGAAGAUCAGUCAAUGGGACUUCGGUACGGCGGAGUCGAGGCGAUAG